GGAAAAGGCCACUAGUUGAAGAAAAUGGCCGACGUAGAGAUGGAUAUUCACGGCGAGAGGUUGAAUAAUGGGAAAGAGGACUUGGACAGUCCUGGCAAGAGCGAUGAGGAGAAUGGCGAUAUGUCAGAGGAGGAAGAGGACGACGACGAAGAAGGAGAGGGAUCCCCCAUGGCUGACGGUGGUGGUGGUGGUGGCGGCGGCGGCGGCGGAGAGGACCGCGUUGCAGAGUUGAACGGCGAGAAACCGGGACCAGAGUCCUCCUCCUCCAAGCACCGCAGCAGUGGCGGCAAACACAAGAAAAAGAAACACAAGCACCGCAGCAAGCACAAGAAACACCGGCAUGGGGACCGGGACCACCAUCACCACCACGACGAGGAGCGCGGCGACAAGAAGCGCAAGCACCGGCACAAGCACAAGAAGCACCGGCGCAAAGACAGUGCUGCGGACGGCGGCUCGCCCUCCCCCACCUCCGCCACCCCAGGUGCCGGAGCAGGGAGUGCGACGGCGGGGAAGACCGAUAGGGACGGUGGCGUCGGCGUUGGCGUCGGCUCCCCGAGCUCGGCCAACAACCCCGGACUGGACGACCAAUCGCUCCUGGAGGAUCUGGAGAAACAGCGGGCGCUCAUCAAGGCGGAGCUGGACAGCCAGCUGAUGGAGGGCAAGGUGCAGUCGGGCAUGGGGCUAAUCUUGCAGGGCUACAACUCUGGCUCGGACGAGGAGGGAGGGGAGGGCAGGAUUCGUAACGGGGAACAGAGGCACCGGCUGAGCGGUUCGGGGACUGGGAAGGAACAGAGCAGUAGCAGCCGGUCCAGCAAACGGGACCGCAAAGACUCCACCACCGACGCGGCGUUGGGGUCCAAGACGUCGAGCUCCAAGCGGCGGAGCCGAUCCAAAGACCGCAGCGGGCGGGAGCGGGAAGGUAAAACCGACGGCAGCGCUGCUGCACCGACAGCGACGACCAAAAGUGGCGCCGGCGGCAGCGUCGACGCGGGUAAAGAGCGUCCCGGUAAAGACCGCAGCGGCUCCAAGGACCGGAAGCGCUCGCGGAGCGGAGAGCGGUCGAGGGAUCGCUCCAGGAAGUCGCCGUCUCCGAGCGGGCGCAGACGUUCGUCGCCCGGAGACAAGCGGGACAGAGGAGGGCGCUCGGACAGGCGCUCGUCCCCACGGGCAGAGGAGAGGGAGAGUGGCAGGCGCCAACAGCAGCAGGCGGAGGCGGGCAGCAGCAGUCGCCGGUCGAGCUCUCGUGGGAGACGAAGCCGGUCCAGAGAGGGGGCCCGCGCGGGACGCUCGGAGGCCGAGAGGGAACGUGGAGGGGAGAAGGACAACAAGAAGACGGGCAAGGACAAGUCCCCGUCCAAGGACGCCUCGUCUGGGAAGGAGAAUCGCUCACCACACCACAGGCGAGCCCAGAGUCCCCCUCAGCACCGGCGCAGCUCCUCCCCACGCCACCGAGACCGGCACGCACUCCCAGCACCGUCCGGGUCGUCUGACCGGGCCAAGCAGAGCCACUCGCCCUCCAGGACCAGGUCGCCCGCCAGGAGGGCCAGGAGCCGGUCUCCCGAAGCCCGGCGGAGAGAUACCUCACCCGCCAGGAAGCGUAGCAGAGCGGAGGCUGGCGCGGCACGGGACCGGUCACGUGACGCGAGCCCCGUGAGGCGGCGAAUGAGCCGCUCCCCUCUGCGGCGGAGAUCUCUGUCUCCACGGCGACAGGCCCGCUCUCCUCUCCGCAGACGCAGCCGGUCGCCCCUGAGGCGCGGAGAGCGUGACCGCUUUGGUCGCCUGCGGCCGUCCCGGCGGUCGACGUCUCGUGAGCGAGAGAGGCGGCGGAGGAGGGGCAGGGACGAGGACAAGUUCAAGGGCAGUCUGUCAGAGGGCAUGAAGGCCGACCGGGACUCCUCCUCAGAGGAAGUGAUGGAGGACUACGACGCUGAAGAGGAGGAUGAAGAGGCUUUGAUUGAGCAGAGACGACAGCAGCGACUGGCCAUUGUGCAGAAAUACAAGGCGGGAAAUGAAGACAGCAACAUGGGUUCGAUGGCGUCGGAGCCUAGCAGUCCGCAGAGUAGCACGCGGAGCCGCUCGCCCUCGCCCGACGACAUUCUAGAACGCGCCGCGGCAGACGUCAAGGAGUACGAGCGCGAGAACAUCAACACCUUCGAGGCCAGCGUCAAGGCCAAGUUGACCCUCCUCGCCACAGAGAAGGACGGGUCGAACCCAAAGAAGCCCUCGGCCCCGGACAUGUUCAUAGAGUCCGAUGACAUGUUUCAUGCCGACUUUGAUAGUGCACGGCUAAGGGCAGCAGGCAUCGGUAAAGACUUCAAGGAGAACCCCAACCUCAGGGACAACUGGACAGAUGCCGAAGGAUACUACCGAGUGAAUAUCGGCGAGACGUUGGACAAGCGCUACGACGUGUACGGGUAUACGGGCCAGGGUGUCUUCAGCAACGUCAUCAGAGCCAGAGACUCGGCCAGAGCCGGCCAGGACGUGGCCAUCAAGAUCAUACGCAACAACGAGCUCAUGCACAAGACGGGCAUGAAAGAGCUGGAGUUCCUGAAGAAGCUGAACGAUGCCGACCCAGACGACAAGUUCCACUGCCUGCGCCUCUUCAGACACUUCGACCACAAGCAGCACUUGUGUCUCGUGUUCGAGCCUCUCAGCAUGAACCUCCGUGAGGUUCUGAAGAAGUAUGGCAAGGACGUGGGUCUGCACAUCAAGGCGGUGCGCUCCUACAGCCAACAGCUCUUCCUGGCCCUCAAGCUGCUCAAACGAUGCAACAUCCUGCACGCCGACAUCAAGCCAGACAACAUCCUGGUGAACGAGUCGAAGACCAUUUUGAAGCUCUGCGAUUUUGGGUCGGCGUCACAUGUGGCAGAUAACGACAUCACCCCUUACCUGGUCAGCAGGUUCUACAGAGCGCCGGAGAUCAUCAUCGGUAAGCCAUACGAUUACGGCAUCGACAUGUGGUCGGUGGGCUGCACCCUGUACGAGCUCUACACGGGCAAGAUCCUGUUCCCCGGCUCCUCCAACAACCACAUGAUCAAGCUGGCCAUGGACGUCAAGGGCAAGAUGCCCAAUAAGAUGAUCCGGAAGGGUCUGUUCAAAGACCAACACUUCGACCAGAACUUGAACUUCUUGUACAUUGAAGUUGACAAAGUGACCGAAAGGGAGAAGGUGACGGUGAUGAGCAUGAUCAACCCGACCAAGGACCUGCUGGGGGACAUGGUGGGGGGCCAGCGGCUUCCCGAGGAGCAGAGGAAGAAGGUGAUGAACCUGAAGGACCUGCUGGACAGCACUCUCAUGCUGGACCCGGCCAAGCGCAUCAGCAUCAACCAGGCUCUGCAGCACCCCUUCAUACAGGAGAAGAUCUGAUCUUAUCGGAUCUAAGGCCAUUUGUCCCAACUGCAGUGUGACUAAAGGUCUGUAAAGACGACUCCUUCAGUUGCAGGACACGCACUGCCAACGGGGGGUGGGGGGGUUUGUAGCGGCAGA